GGAGCAGGAGCAGGAGGCUCCUCGGCACUGCCAGGGCAGGGCGGGCCGAGCACCGUGCACCUCGGCCGCACCAUGCGGGGGCUCCUGCUGCUCCUGCUGCUGCUGCCGCCGGCCUGGGCGGCCGCGUCCUCGCCCUCGCCCUCGCCCCCCGGCCGGCCGGGCGCGGAGCGGGAACGGGCAGGGGCGCGGGCGCUGGCGGGCUCGAGCCGGGCGGCGGGGGAGGCGGCGCGGGCGGCGCUGCACUACCUCAACUCCCGGCGGGCGUCGCCCAGCGGGCUGCUGGCGCUCGGGCAGGUCAAGAAAGCCACGCUCAAGCCUGUCCUAGGAACUGGGCAUAAGUACUACCUGCAGUUCACCACAGAGGACUACAAAACUAGGGAAAAUGUUGGGACCUGUCUUGCUAUUGUGUUCUACCUAGAGAGGAAACCAACACCUACUGUUAAUAUAAAAUGCACAUAUACCAAAGAUCAGAAGGAAGUCCAAGAAGAUGACCAGAGAUUUUACCAAAAACUAAGGCAACAAACCAAACCAAUAAUUGGAAGCUAUAUUCCAGACAGCUAUGGAAAUAUUGAACCGGCCUUUGAGUCAGCAUGGGCCUUGGCUGUUGUUGGCAGUAGUUACAUAAUGUGGGAAAAGUCAACAGAGAACUUGGGUUACUUCAUGGCACAAGUCAAGCAUGUGAAACAGUGGAUAAGUAAAGAUGAUUCGAUUGACUUUGACUAUGCUGUCCUACUUCACGAAAUACCAACCCAGGAAAUGAUUUUAUGCCACAUGCGUGUCAUUUGGAUUCCCAAUCAUCCUUUGAAAGUGAAGUACUUCUGCUCUUCUGAGAAUCAGUCAGCAGAAUCUGAAGAUGUAUCUGGUAUGGAAUCUGGAUCAGCUGAUGGAAUAUUAAAUGAAAGAGAAGCAAAUUUUUAAAAAAAGAUCAAUUCCAGUUUAUAUAAAGAUUUCAAAUGAAAGAAACCCUUGUAUUAAUAGCUCCAGUCAGUUUUCUGAUAACUCUUCUGCACAAAUAAUAUUGCGAUGAAAGUGAUUCCUUUUACUGAAUAGUCAAACUUUGACCCAAAACAAAUCUCUGUAUAAUUUCUUGAAAUGCAACAACUCACACAUUCUAGAUACGUACCUACCUAAAACUUGUAUUACAAAAAAUGUAUUACAUAAACUGAUUUUAUGUCACUAAGUUACUGUUACAUAGAGUGACAUAGUAUGUGAACAAAGUUAAUAUAUUUGGAUAAAAGUCUUGAUAAAAGUAUUAAUCUUCCAUUUCAGUAACAUUUAUUUGUCUACUAAAUAAUUUUGAUUUUUUGAACAGGAAUAUUAUAUGCUAAUUUUAACUUAUAUCUGCAGUAAAAUAAAUACCAUUACACAUGG